AUGUAUAAAUUCUCUGUUCUAAAUAUGUUCCAAUUGAACACACAGGAUGAACAACCAAAUAAUGAGUGGUCCAUAUUCCAGAGCACAGUCAGAUCGUCCCGAGCUGUUGGUCCAGCAGCAGGUUCAGGAGGCGGUGAAGCAACUGUUUGGAGCGAGCGGCGCGGGCAGUGUGACGGACGUGCUCGCUGUGAGGGACGGGCGGGCUCUGCUCCGAGUAGAAGACAGACAGCUGAGGAGGCUGCGCGCGGCGCUGGCCCUGGGGCCCCCCUUGCGAGUACGAGCGGUGGCCGCGUCACUUCAGGCGCUGGUGUGAGGAGCGCCAUGGACGGCGGGCGGCAGGUGUGGCUGACCGGCGCGGGCGGGAAGGACGUGGUGAUGGUGGCGUCUCGCGCCGAGCUCGCGGCUCCUAGCACGGUGUCCCUGCCGGAGCCCGAGCCGGCGCCGGGGCUGUUGCUCGCGGACGGCUCCAUCAACUGGGGCUGUCCUUGUCUCGGUGGGAUGGCCACGGGUCCCUGCGGUACUCAGUUUCGUGAUGCCUUCUCAUGUUUCCACUACAGUGAGGCGGAUCCAAAGGGCAGCGACUGUUAUGAGAAGUUCAGUGUGAUGCAGGAGUGUAUGUCACAGUACCCGGAGCUGUACGGGAAGGACGAGGACGAGGAUCUGGCGGCCGCCCUCGAAACGGCCGGGGGGGAGGCGAGCCGAGAGGAGGGGGAGGGAGAGGGAGGAGGGGGCGACCGCGACCGCGGCAGGGAGGGCAAAAGUAAUAGAUGUAAUUAA